AUGGUUACAAUAAAUAUGGGAGUGUUGGAAUUUGGAACUUAUACAGUGGAAGACACAUCAAUACAGAUACCAUACUUGAGAGGAGUGUUCCUUGCAAAUUACAACAGCUUAACAGACAAGCAUCUUGCAGGCUAUUUCAGCAACACCAGGAUAAGACGCCAUCUGCGGAGGUCAGGACUGAUCUCAAGAAGUGGAAAAAUAAUAUCAGACAAGGAAUACCGGUUAAAUGCUAUGAAGAAGGAUCAUCAGAAGUAUAUACGGGAAUGCUUGGCUCAGGCUAUUUUCCACAAAGCUCUUGAUAUGGAACGACAUCAUCAGGGUGACGUAAAAAAAAAAGUUGAGAGUUCGGCAAGGCGAGAGCGGAUCCAGAAAACCAAGGCGGAACGAGUGAGAAAGGCAGGAGAUGGUUCCCAUCACUUGCUUUCCCCACAUCCACCCACUGUACCAAGAAAUCGCUCUGGGCGGCGCAAAUUGGGUGAGAGAGGACCAUCAAGUCACACGAUUUCUUAUCCUCGACCAAGCACUGCUCCAGGAAACAUACAACAGCCACUCCGACUUCAGCCCCUCUAUGGAAAAGUCAUGACUGAAGGUUCAUCAAAGACUUGUUUGAGCUCCAGACCAAAGUUUCUCAACGUUGACAAAGAAUAUCAUUUUACUAGCGAGGGGGACAAAGGGAUGUUAAGGCCUGUGCAUUCAAUGGAUUUUUCAGUUGAUGUAUCCCCAUACAGACUUCCCAUUAUUAACAAUUAUAUGAUACCUAUUCCACAACCACCCAGAAGUGACAAAACUAUCAUCCCCAUGAAACCUGUGGGAAGAGGUCGACGGUUUCGCCCUACAACUUCGUCAAAUGGCCUGGAGCAGUUGCUAAUGAGGGACACUGGAAAAUUCUACAAGCCUCAAAUACACAGCAAUGCAUAUGUUACCAUGGUCUAUUUGGGAAAAACCGUGCACCUUUCGUAUGACCUUUUAGAUUAUCGAGAGGAAAUAAAAAUUUACCAACAGCAUUGUGGAGGAGAAAACCUAUGUGUGUACCGAGGCAAACUGCUGGAAGGAGAAACGUUUCAGUUCAUCUCUAGGAGGCAUUAUGGCUUCCCCUUCAGUCUCACCUUUUAUCUGAAUGGAAUUCAGGUUGACCGAUUAAGUUCUUGCUGUGAAUAUAAGCAUCGGAAAGGUACUCGGCUAGGAGGCAAACAUGGAUACUUUGGUUUCGUCAAUGUCGAAAGAUCAUCUCCUUGUUAUAGAUGUAUCAUUACAUUGGGCCUGGACAAAAAGCCUACACCUCCAAAAAAGAAGACUCUUGAAGAAAGCGCAAAACUGGAAGAUUGGAAGAAAGAGGAAGUGACAUACAAGCCGAAAGAGGAAAAAAAAGUAUUACCAUCCCACUUUCCUUCAGCUUCUGCGUUAAAGAAACGAGCUGCAGAACGUGCUGAAGAAAAGAAAUUGGAGACCAAAAAAAGAGAAAAAGACAAAGAUGAAUUUGAGGAUACCCAGAAAACUGCUAUUUAUGAAGCAUAUGAGGAAGAUUUUGAAGCUGAUGAAGAGAAACCAAAAAUUGAGAAAAUUGAGAAAGAAGCACGUGCUGAUGAUCAAAUGAGUGAAAAAGGGAAGCCAUCUUCCGAAGGGGAAACAGACCAUUCUGAUCGUGAAAGAAAGAGGAAAAUCUCAUCACAGAAAUCUUCACGGACUUCUGAUAGUGAGCGCGAUGAAAGUGAGGGAUAUACGGAAAGCUACACAGAGGAAGAGGAAAGAAAACAUGGUAGAAAACAAUUGCUUUCAGUCUCCGGCAGCAGCACCUUAUACAGCAGCGGAACCGAAUCCGAGUUUGAAGGCAGGAAGCAUGAUGAGGAGGAAGACAUUACAGACAUUCAUUCAGAAUGUGAAACGGAAACCACCAAAUCUCAACGGGAAGGAAGUCAGGGAACUGAUGUGGAAGAAGAGGAAAACUUGGGGGAAACAGAAACAGAAAGCUUGAGCACCAAGAUUGUGCCAGAUAUCUUCUAUGAAGAAAAAGUGGAGAUGACCCUUCAGGACAUGAGUCCGGGCCAUGACAAGCCCAAGAUGAUAGGGCUGGUAGACAUGGGGGAGGAGGAAGAGAAGGAUAAGUUAGUGCAUUUGAAAAGCAGUGCUCUAGAAGGAUAUCCGAGCAGGAAGAUUUCUGAAGAUAAGGAAGGUGAUCGCAAAUUGGUCAGAGAGAAAAUAGCUGAGGCUAUUGAAAAAGAUCAGCUUUUGAGUUCUGAACCUGAACCUAGUGAAUACAGUACAGAGGAUGAGGAAGAACAUUUAGCAGCCGCUGAAGGUAAAUUUGAAGGUAAAUUUUUAUUGUUGCAUGGAAUCUUUUCCUUGGCAAAACAAUCAAGGACUGAAUCGCAAAAGGCUGCAGAGCAAUUGAAAAGAGAGAGAGAGAUGAUGGGCAAGAAAGGAAUAUUUGAGGAAGAGGAGCUUGCAGUUGGCAAAAUCCCCAAAGAAGCAGCUCUAGCAGAAGAACUGUUAGCCCCCCAAAGACCAAGUCUUAGAGGAGACCAGGCACUAAAACCUGAACUUGUGGCAGAAAAAAGAGAAUUGGGGAGAGAACCCAUAGAAUCAGAACUGGCCAGUUUAGAAAAAGAAAUAACCCCCAAGGAUGGAAAAAUUAAGAGCAUGGCAAAACCAGGAGAAAUGGAAAUAGAACAUAAAGCUGCUGACAGAGAGGAGAUUCUAGGGGGAUUUAGAUCAGAAGAGGAAGAAGCUGAAGAUGCCCAAAUUAGUGAGAAGUUAAGAGCAGCAAAGAGAGAAGAACAUUUGCAAUGGCAGAUCCCCGAGGGAGCGGAAGGCCCAGAAGUAACUGAGGCACCAAAAGUUUUAAAGACAAGAGAAUUAGAAGGAAUUAAGGCAGUGGACAGAGACAUGCUGGAAGCAAAAGAAAAGAUGAAAGGAGAAUAUGAUGCAGCUAAAGAUUGGGAUGCAACAUUUGCAGAAAAGAUCCAUAUGGGAGAGGUACCAGAAAAGGUGGGAGAAGCUAAACCUGAAGAAAAGGUCAUUUUUCAAGAAAAAAAAGAUAAAGCAGAGGCCGGGGAAAAAGCAGACAUAAUGGAAAAAGAAAGAAAAGAUGAGGCAUUUUUGAGGGAAGAUGAGGAGGGAAAAUAUGAAUUGAGGCACAUUUCACCCACGGAAGCCGAACUUAGACCACCACAAUUAAAAAUGAAAGAUGUUCUCUAUGAAGAUGAAAAAGCAGCUGCUGCAGAAAAGGCAAUCACUGGUAGAAAAGAGGUUCCAUCUAAGAUUGAAGAAACAGUCCAAGACAUUUCAUCCAGAUGGGGUGAAGAUUUAUACCAAGAAUAUCCAGAGGUGACUGGAAUGAAAGCCAUAUCUCCAGAAGAUUUAACCCUCAAGAAAAUAAAGCCUUUGGUGGGAGAGGCCAUCCUCGACCAUGAAAUUGAAAUAACCGAGGAAGACAAGUUAGCAGGGAAAUCAUAUUCUGAAAGAGAGAAAGACAGACAAGCAAGAGCAAAAGAUAUUUUGGCAACUGAGCAAGCAGCCCAACGAGAAAAGGCUAUAGUACAACCUGUAGAAAGAGGAGCUGAAGAAAGAGGAAAAGAAGGGAGACGAAAGUCCCAAAUGACAGCUUUAGAAGAGAAAUUGGACUUGGAGAAAGAAGGGCUUUAUAUUGAACCCGGCUUAGAAUCUAUGGCAGUGCUACUAGAAGAAUUAGCAGAGAAGGAAAAGGCAAAAGGAGAGAUGUGGGUUGAGGAAGCAGAAGGAGAAAUAAAAGGAUUGUCUCCAAGACAGAAGAUGAUUGAAGAAGAACAGAAAGCACUCAGAAAAAAGGCAGAAAUUGAAGAGGGAGGUAUUGAGAUGGCCGAAAGAAGACGUACCAGAGCUUCAUUGCUACCCCAAGAUGGGUUAGAUUUUGAAGAAGCAGAAGCUGAGGUGACACUUAAAAGGGAGGCAGAAAGAAGACAUACCAGAGCUUCAUUGCUGCCCAAAGACGAGUUAGAUUAUGAAGAAGCAGGACCUGAGGUGAUACUUAAAGGGGAGGCAGAAAGAAGACGUACCAGAACUUCAUUGCUGCCCAAAGACGAGUUAGAUUAUGAAGAAGCAGGACCUGAGGUGAUACUUAAAGGGGAGGCAGAAAGAAGACGUACCAGAGCUUCAUUGCUACCCCAAGACGGGUUAGAUUUUGAAGAAGCAGAACGUGAGGUGACACUUAAAGGGGAGGCAGAAAGAAGACGUACCAGAGCUUCAUUGCUACCCCAAGAUGGGUUAGAUUUUGAAGAAGCAGAAGCUGAGGUGACACUUAAAGGGGAGGCAGAAAGAAGACGUACCAGAGCUUCAUUGCUACCCAAAGACGGGUUAGAUUUUGAAGAAGCAGAAGCUGAGGUAACGCUUAAAGGGGAGGCAGAAAGAAGACGUACCAGAGCUUCAUUGCUACCCAAAGACGGGUUAGAUUUUGAAGAAGCAGAAGCUGAGGUAACGCUUAAAGGGGAGGCAGAAAGAAGACGUACCAGAGCUUCAUUGCUACCCAAAGACGGGUUAGAUUUUGAAGAAGCAGAAGCUGAGGUGACACUUAAAGGAGAGGCAGAAAGAAGACGUACCAGAGCUUCAUUGCUGCCCAAAGACGAGUUAGAUUAUGAAGAAGCAGGACCUGAGGUGAUACUUAAAGGGGAGGCAGAAAGAAGACGUACCAGAGCUUCAUUGCUACCCCAAGACGGGUUAGAUUUUGAAGAAGCAGAAGCUGAGGUGACACUUAAAGGAGAGGCAGAAAGAAGACGUACCAGAACUUCAUUGCUACCCCAAGACGGGUUAGAUUUUGAGGAAGCAGAAGCUGAGGUGACACUUAAAGGGGAGGCAGAAAGAAGACGUACCAGAGCUUCAUUGCUGCCCAAAGACGAGUUAGAUUAUGAAGAAGCAGGACCUGAGGUGAUACUUAAAGGGGAGGCAGAAAGAAGACGUACCAGAGCUUCAUUGCUGCCCAAAGACGAGUUAGAUUAUGAAGAAGCAGGACCUGAGGUGAUACUUAAAGGGGAGGCAGAAAGAAGACGUACCAGAGCUUCAUUGCUGCCCAAAGACGAGUUAGAUUAUGAAGAAGCAGGACCUGAGGUGAUACUUAAAGGGGAGGCAGAAAGAAGACGUACCAGAGCUUCAUUGCUGCCCAAAGACGAGUUAGAUUAUGAAGAAGCAGGACCUGAGGUGAUACUUAAAGGGGAGGCAGAAAGAAGACGUACCAGAGCUUCAUUGCUGCCCAAAGACGAGUUAGAUUAUGAAGAAGCAGGACCUGAGGUGAUACUUAAAGGGGAGGGAGAAAGAAGACGUACCAGAGCUUCAUUGCUGCCCAAAGAUGAGUUAGAUUAUGAAGAAGCAGAACCUGAGGUGAUACUUAAAGGGGAGGCAGAAAGAAGACGUACCAGAGCUUCAUUGCUACCCCAAGACGGAUUAGAUUCUGAAGAAGCAGAACCUGAGGUGACACUUAAAGGGGAGGCAGAAAGAAGACGUACCAGAGCUUCAUUGCUGCCCAAAGACGAGUUAGAUUAUGAAGAAGCAGGACCUGAGGUGAUACUUAAAGGGGAGGGAGAAAGAAGACGUACCAGAGCUUCAUUGCUGCCCAAAGAUGAGUUAGAUUAUGAAGAAGCAGAACCUGAGGUGAUACUUAAAGGGGAGGCAGAAAGAAGACGUACCAGAGCUUCAUUGCUACCCCAAGACGGAUUAGAUUCUGAAGAAGCAGAACCUGAGGUGACACUUAAAGGGGAGGCAGAAAGAAGACGUACCAGAGCUUCAUUGCUGCCCAAAGACGAGUUAAAUUAUGAAGAAGCAGAACCUGAGGUGACACUUAAAGGGGAGGCAGAAAGAAGACGUACCAGAGCUUCAUUGCUACCCCAAGACGGAUUAGAUUCUGAAGAAGCAGAACCUGAGGUGACACUUAAAGGGGAGGCAAAAAGAAGACGUACCAGAGCUUCAUUGCUGCCCAAAGACGAGUUAGAUUAUGAAGAAGCAGAACCUGAGGUGAUACUUAAAGGGGAGGCAGAAAGAAGACGUACCAGAGCUUCAUUGCUACCCCAAGACGGGUUAGAUUUUGAAGAAGCAGAAGCUGAGGUGACACUUAAAGUGGAGGCCGAAAGAAGACAUACCAGAGCUUCAUUGCUACCCAAAGACGGGUUAGAUUUUGAAGAAGCAGAAGCUGACCUGACACUUAAAGGGGAGGCAGAAAGAAGACGUACCAGAGCUUCAUUGCUACCCCAGGACAGGUUAGAUUUUGAAGAAGCAGAAGCUGAGGUGACACUCAAAGGGGAGGCAGAAAGAAGAUAUACCAGAGCUUCAUUGCUGCCCAAAGAUAAAUUAGAUUCUGAAGAAGCAAAAGCUGACAUAACACUUAAAGAGGAGGCAGAAACUGAACGUGUCAAAGCUAAGGUGGGACCUAAACUGGAGUUAUAUCUUGAAGAAGCAGAAGCUGAGGUGACAGUUGAACGAGAGGCAGAAACUGGACAUGUCAAAGCUAAGGUGGGCCCUGAAGGGGAGCUAUAUGCUGCAGAAGCAGAGAUGAUAUUUGAGCGAGAGGCAGAAACUGGACGUGUCAAAGCUAAGUUGGGACCUAAAGGGGAGUUAUAUGUUGCAGAAGCAGAAGCUGAGGUGACGUUUAAAAGGGAAGCAGAAACUGGACUUGUCAAAGCUAUGAUGGUACCUAAAGGAGACUUAUAUGCUGAAGAAACAGAAGCUGAGGUGACACUUGAAAGAGAAGCAGAAACUGGACUGAUUAAAGCUAGGGUGGUACCUAGAAGGGAGUCAUAUGCUGAAGAAGCAGAAGCUGAGGUGACAAUUACAUGGAAGGCAGAGACUGGACAGGUGAAAUCUAAGGUUGGACCUAAAGGGGAGUUAGAUACUGAAGCUGCAGAAGCUGAGUUGACAGUUGCAUGGAAAGCAGAAACUAGACAGGUGAAAGCUAAAGUGGCACCUAAAGAGGAGUUAUAUGCUGAAGAAACAGAAGCCGAAAUGAUAUUUAAAAAAGAGGCAGAAACUGGACAACUGGACAAGGUGGUAACUGAAGGGUGGUUAGAUGUUGGAGAAGCAAAAGCUGAUGUGACAGUUAAGGGAAAAGCAGAAACUAUAGAGGCAGAAUCUGAUAAUAUAGCUGAAAGGGAAUUAGAAGCCGAAGUGGCCGAACCUGAGGGGACACUUUUUAAGUGGACAGAAGACGAGGUUGCCUUGAAAUGGAAGCCAGAAACUGGAGCGGCUGAAGCUGAGGUGAUAUCCAAAGGGGAAAUAGAAGUUGAAGAAGCAGAAGCUGAGUUGACACUUAAAGAAAAGGCAAUAGAGAAAGCACUUAAACAGAAGGCAAUAAUUAUAGAGGAAGAGGCUGAUGUGAUACCUAAAGAGGAAUUAGAAGUCAAAGAGACAGAAACUGAGGGGACACUUAAAAGGAAGGCAGAAACUGGACUAGCCAAAGCUAAGGUGGUGCCUAAAGAGGAGCUGGGUGCUGAAGAAGCAGAAGCCGAGAUGACACUUAAGAGGAAAGGAGAAACUAUAGAAGCAGAGUCUGAAAUGAUAGCUGGAAAGGACUUAGAAGCAGAAGAGGCAGAAGGUGGGGGGACACUUAAAAAGAAGGCAGAAGGCAUGGUAGCCUUGGAACAGAAGGCAAAAACUGUAACGCCAGAGACUGAGGUAGCAUUUGAAGAGGAGGCAGGAGUUACAGUUGUACCAAAAUUCCAGGAAGCAGAAACAGAAGAGUCAGAAGCAAAGGGAGAAGUGCUUUCUGUUGUCAUAGGAUCUCUAAAUGAAACCACCUUUGGAGAGCAAGGGCUAGUCACCAGGAGAGAAGAAAUUAUAGCAGAAAUAAAACAUACUUCUGAAUCAGCCCCACAAAAAGAAGCAUUUGUUGGAGGAGAUAUGAAAAAGCAGGAAAUUAAAAAAGAACCUGGUCUCCAAACUGGAGUAUCUGACGAGGCUGAAACAAGGGAAACAUUUCUUUACAUGGAAGUACAGGAGGAAGUCAUAGCUCCUGAAGAAGAGAAGGAACAGGAUGAAUCAGACACAGGAGAUGAGAUGAGAGAAGGAAUGAUAACACUUGCAGAUGUAGAAGAAGCUCUCUUAAUAGGGAUACAGCAGCUGAUAACAGAAGUAUCACAGAUCAAUGAAAAAGAUAAAGAAGAACCUCUGAUGGAAAGAUCAACAGAAGAAGAAUCAACUCGGGAGUGUGCCACAAGUGAAGAUUUUUUUGCUGUUGUAGUAGAAGAAGAAAGGGAGACCAUUGAGAGCAGUAACAGUGAAUGUGAAGGAACAGGAGAGCAUUCGGAAGAAGGAACAGGAGAGCAUUCGGAAGAAGGAUCAGGAGAGCAUUCGGAAGAAGGAACAGGAGAGCAUUCGGAAGAAGGAACAGGAGAGCAUUCGGAAGAAGGAACAGGA